AUUGCGCUGCGCAGGUCGGUGGCAUCAUUGGCCUCCACGCACCACAGUGCUUGGCCCUUUGUGGCGCCCCCGGCUGCUGUGCAGAGCAGCGAGCAGCGAGCGUGCAGCACGGCACAGCGCCCGUGCGACCUGCUGCCAUACACCACCUGUCACCUGUACGCGCCGCCAGGGUGGCUCUGUUCGGCGCUGCUCGCAACCAGGCACGGGACGGAUCUGCUUGGCUGGCGCUCUUAAACUCAAUGCUUACCGCAAUAAGCAUGUCCAAAUCGCCUGGCCUGCCGUUCUAGCCUCUUUUUCUUCCCACGAGUGCUGACCAGUGACCUAUAGUUGUCUCGUUCAUGUCCCAAUUUUCCUCUGGGCGCAAGACACCGACAUCUCCUUCGUCAACGCCUCCCUCGGACGAGUCUCCCUUGUCCAAGGAUUUAAAAACCAAGGUCAAGAAGCGUCACUCGCUCGCGCAUAUCACACUGCGCAGCCCUCCCACGCCGCCGCCGCAGUCGGACUAUGGCACUCCAGUAAACACCGUCGACAUCAACACCGUCGACAUCAACAACAUUGACCCUCCCCGCCGCAACCGAAAUAGCACGUCGCGGAAUAGCGCACGACCCAUGUCCAUGAUACAGACCUAUCAGCCGAUGGUCAUGGAGGUCAACCAGGACACGAUUCCGGAGCUGCAGCCCAUCUUCUCGCUGCUCAACAGCCACUCCAACAAGCUGUACCACGAGGGCUAUUUCUUGAAGCUGGAUGACCAGAACACACAGGGCAAGCCGAAUCCCGACAGAACAUGGUCUGAAUGCUUUGCGCAGCUUGUCGGGACUGUGCUCUCCUUGUGGGAUGCCGCAGAACUGGAUGCUGCCGGUGAAGAUGGCGAGGUUCUUCCCAAAUUCAUUAAUCUCACAGAUGCCUCACUCAAAGUGAUCGACUCUCUGCCAACCCGAUCAAGCGAUGAGCAGCCUUUGCGAAAUAUUCUCAGCCUUUCCACCGCUGGCAGGAAUCGGUACUUGCUGCAUUUCACUUCUCAUGACUCACUUGUCCAAUGGACAUCGGCUGUUCGAUUGGCCAUGUAUGAGCACGCAGCCCUUCAGGAAGCCUAUACUGGCGCCCUGAUCGCUGGCAAGGCCAAAUUUCUCAACAACAUCAACGUGAUGAUGGAGAGGUCCAAAGUUACGAUAGGGGCAUGGGUCAGAGUUCGAUUCGGAGCUGGCGUGCCAUGGAGACGCUGCUGGUGUGUCAUCACGCCACCUAACGAAAAGGAGUACAACAAGCUUCAAAAAGAGCUGAAGAAAAAGGCUCCCUACGAGCGAUCUCAUGCUCGCAUCGUCAGGGGGGAUAUCAAAUUCUACGAUGUCAAAACCGAAGGCAAGAAGCAAAAGAGGACAAAGCCCGUCGCCUCCAUCAGCGAGGCCUACUCUGCCUAUGCAAUCUACCCCCAAGCCAAGUCACUGGUAGAUGCUUCCACUCUCAUCAAGAUUGAAGGUAACAUUUCAAUUCAUUCUACUCCAGCGUCAUCCUCCGAAGGAUUUGUUUUCAUCAUGCCCGAGACCCGUCCUGCUGUCAGCGGCUUCGAGACAAUGCUUCGCUUCUUGUUCCCGACCUGGGAUACUUUUGGUCUGUACGGCCGCCCAGGCAGAAUUGUUGCUAGCGUGCUGGAUGCUAGGUCGCUCAUGUUUGCUAUGCCCAAGCACAAGAAGUACGGCUACUUGGAGCUGCAGGAUGUUGUGACGCUGUUGCUUGAUGAAAAGAGUUCGAGCUGGGAUGAGAGGGAGUGGCGAAAGCGUCUCAAGGAUGCCACCGGCACGCGGAUGAACUCGAUUGAAGAUGGAAGCCGAUCUUAUUCUCCCUCUUCAAACUCAAACAGAGCCAGCGCUAGACUGAGCUACAACAACAAGCCCAGAGCAGUAGGGUUCGCCGGCGAUGAUUUGCGGAAUUUUUCGGACUCAAAUAGCCCAAUAUCGACGGGCUCCAGCUCUUCGCCAAAUGAUCAGUCCCCCCUGGAAAUGGCUGCGCGAGUAGGAAGCUCAAGCUCAGAUGAGGGCCGGGCAGUCACGCCGAAUGGCUAUGUCGAGCCCAUUGAGAGCAGCAAUGGAGCUAUCCGCACGCCGGAACCUGUCGUUCGACCCCCGGUCAUCAACCGUAAUCCUCAGGAUCGCCCAGCCAACGCACCUUAUCAUUCACCCGACCUCCGACGAGCCAACAACCGCCUGUCCCAAGGCACCCUGGCCCAAAUGGCCAAGGCUGGCGGAAUUGCUCUGCCAGGAGUUCCCGAUAUCCCAGAUGACGAAGAUGAAGAGUCCUAUCAUACGGCGCCACCACCACCAGUUCCGGUCCAUGGUGGCGAUGGUACCACAUUUUAUACCAACGAGAACCGAUCUGCUCAGUCCUUGAACCCACCGCCAAGUCACUACAGCCACCACAGCCACCACAGUCACCAUAGCUACCAAGACAACGACCGCCCGCCUACCGGCUACUCCAACCGAUCUAAUCAGCGACAGGCAUCCCCAUAUGGACCGAGAGUGCCUUACUCGCAUGAUGACUAUGACCAGAGGCCGUCCACGGGAGAUGCUUAUCAUGGCCAGCGCCCACUGCCACCUCCUCAUACUACAUCCUACCCAAAUGAUCGGUAUGGUGCCUACUCUCCAAAUGGUGGCUCUCCCGGAUAUCGGCAGGGACACCCUCAGCGAAAACCCCUUCCCAUGAGACCGGUCUCUUAUGAUAAUAAACAUCAGAGUAUCACUCCAAACGACAUCAUUGAUCAUUAUACUACCCAAUCUCGAGCUCAAUACGACGGCUUUCUCCCUCCUCAGCCACCGAUGCAUCUCGAGUUUGGCGACGAGCUCCAGCAACCUUUUGUGGACCGGCCACGCGCGGGUGUUUUAAAGACGGUCGGCGGUGCUGAUCCGGACGCUCACUAUUCUCCCGGCUUCGAUAUGGCCGCCGUCAACUUUGGACCAACAGUCAAUUAUGGUGCCCCUUCGGUGCUUCGCAAGCCUGCCCCCCCUACAGCGCAAGUACCACCACCGCCGAGGACACCGACAGAGCCUGCUAGCCACAGGAGGCAAGACUCCGCAACCAUGCCAUGGCAGCCUGCUGCGGCUUCGCCCAGCUCUCAGCGAUCCCAUGGCCUCACUCCCCAGCAAUACGUUCAGCACCGAGCCUCUAUUGCCUCGGCACCGUACGGACACGGGAGAACCAUCUCAGCCAACUCCCUAGGCUCCAUGAUGGCACCGGGCCAGCCUGGUGGAUACCCACAAUCAGUGUCUAAUAUGCAGCAAUAUUAAGACGAUGCUUCUUUUCUGAAAGUACAAUACCAGCAUUUUUGGUUACGACAUACCCUCCUUGCAUGUUUCCUUGACUCUCUCUCUCCUCUUUUUUUUCUCCCGUCUUUCCCUAUACGUUUUUUUUCGUAUAUCUCUUCUAUCUUGCGAUAGAUACCCCAUGAAGCGGUAGUAAUGUAUAUGCAGCUUUUGAUGCAGUAUGCAUUGGUAGGCGUUGGGCUGGCAGCAUCACAUAUUGCAAAGUAUAUUUUGUUUAGAAACAGUAUCAGGAAUGCUCUUAUGACAUCUUUUUCUUCUCCUCAUAUGAUUGGCGUUUUGUUUUUGUCUUUUCUUUUGUUAGCAGGUGGAAGUUCUUCAGUAUUCGUGUCAAGCGGACAUGAUGAAGAAAAAAAUGCAUUGAUCACUAUUCUUGAUAUUAGGUAGACUCAUUAUACAGAUGGAAAUACUACCAAAUAACGAGGAC